AUGGUAACGGCUGCGGACGACGGGACCGCGCGCGUGUGGCACGCGGAGACGGGCGAGGAGCUCGUCACUCUGCGCGAGCAUGCGGGCCAGGUGUGGAGGGCGGUGUUCUCCGCGGAUGGGAAGAGGGUGCUGUCCGUUGACCAACAGGGUCUCGUGAAGGUGUGCGACUCAGUCGGCGGGAAGGUCCUACGCAGCAUUGACACCACCGCGGCCGACGCCAUCAACGCCGCUGCAUUCUCGUGCGACGGGAAGCUCGGGUGCACCGCCGCGGACGAUAACAUCGUGCGCGUGCUCCUCAUCUUCUCCCCGGACGCGAAGAACCUCAUCUCGACGGCAGACCACGGUACGAUGCGCAUAUGGGACAUUGAGGACGAGAAGAUGAUCAAGCCCGAGUAG